AUGGCKGAWCAGGUUUAUUCUAUAGUUGAAUAUUUCAAAGAAAGAGAAGGGUAUAGAUGCGGRUAUUGCAAACAAGAGGAUACUAACUAUUCCAAUGGGAUGUGGGCUCACAAAAUGACUUGUGAGGAUUAUCAAGAUCUUAUUGACAGGGGAUGGAGAAGUCAUAGCUUUGUGAUUCGCACUGUAAGCGGCAUGUGGGCUCAUAAAAUGACGUGUGAGGAUUAUCAAGAUCUUAUUGACAGGGGAUGGAGAAGAUGUGAUUCUGUUAUUUCUAAUAGGUGUUCUGCACUUGAAUUCRAAGCCUCCAAAUCACAAAAGAAAGUCAUCAAGCAGAUGAACAAGUAUCUGACUUCAUCUGAAUCUAAUAAACCACAGCAUGAAAAAGCUAAAAGUGAUUUGACAGGAAUGUCAUCUUUAGACACAGCUGAAUCCACUGCAUCAACAACAUGUACAACAAAACAUAUUAAAAACAAACCAAAGCCUGGAUUAGGUGCUGACACAGACAAGCCGCCAUGUCGAAAAGCAAAACUUCUUCGAAUGGAAAGGAAACAGAAAAAACAACAAGCUACUACUCAAGACACAAUUAUGACUGAAUCUAAACCAAGCMAGAGCAAAGAAAAGUCCCUGGAGGAAUUUCUGUUAGAAUACACUAAAAGUGCAAGUCCAGCACACAAACURGAGAUUAAACUGGUUCGGGCUGACAUGAAUUCAGAAGAGUUCAAAAAAACAUUCAAGGCAUCUCACAGAAUUUAUCAAAAAUAUCAAGUAGCGAUACAUAAAGAUCCACCCCACAAAGUUGAGGAACGACAGUUUCAAAGAUUUCUUAUUGAUUCUCCAUUACAACAUGUAAAAGGUCCAGGGAAACCUUCAGUGGGAUAUGGUUCCUUUCAUCAACAAUACUACAUUGAUGGUAUGACACAUUUCCAUCAGGAUCUCAAUUUCAAAAUUUAUGACCGCAUAUAUAUGAUGGUGAAAUCAAGAUUUGCUGAGGAAAAUGGAAGCGAUAGUGAUGAAGAAUUUAUUGGCGUUGACACCGAGACCGUCCAAGAAUAUGCCAACCUAGUUGGCCCUGUAAUAGCCUCAAGAAUGCUUUUGUAUAGGUCGUGACUUGGACUUAAAACUAUAGUUAAAAUCAUAGUAAAAUAGGUCAUCGGUAGUCAUGUAUGGAGCAUAUCAACACAUCUAAAAUUUAAUUCAGCACAAAAGUAGUUUGGUGUUUGACCUUGAAGUUUAUUUAAUAUUAUUAAAGCUCUUCUACAAACUAGCACUAAAAGGAAUAUUAUAGAUAUGAUCAUAAUUACAGCCUUUUGCAAAAAUUAUGAGAAUUGUCUAAAUAUCUAAAUAUCAUAAUAUCCAUAUCCAUAUAUUGUCUGGAACACGAAGGUUUGCUAGAAUAAUUCAUUGUUGACAUCGAGAAAAUGUU